AGUAGUAUCUUAACAGUGAUUAAGCAUGAUGGUAUAAUGGUAGGAACGAUAACGUCUUACGAUGUGAAUCUUUUCAACAGCACAUAUGAUAAUAUUCGAUUGACCGCUGAUAAGAUUUGGGAGUACAAUCACGAGGACACUUAUCGCAAGCUAAAUCGCUCCCUGUGGAUAAAGAUUUCCAAAUUAUCCCGAAAUCAAAAUAGAAGAAGACAGCUGGUAUCAGACGUUAUCCCGGAGUCACGAUUAUCGAAAUAUGGAAAUUAUCGUUACGAUGAUGAGAGAGAAUGCCUGUACGUCAGAGAUGUGGAGAGGUCAGUCAGUGAGGAAGCCAGCUCCAGCAGUUAUGACCUAUCAAAAGAACCCUGGUUGCACCCUGAUGUCAAGGAGUACUUCACCCGGUUGAAGUCCAAAGCCUUGCCAUCGUCAGAGGCAUUGUCAGACGAUUCAUCGAGUAAUUCAGGGUGUAUCGAUGAGGAGUACAAGAAACACUGUCGUCUACCCUACACCAUCAAUAGUGUUGGUGAAUUGCAACUCAAGCUUCGUAUAUCCAGUGAUAAAGUAAUCGACCUCUGGAGAAAACAUAGCACAGAAGAAUUGAUCAGUUAUGGGAAUAAUAGAGAGCAACGAACGGAACAGACCUACCAUCCAAAGCAAAGGGGUAUAGGAAGCCAAGUAUUGUGCAAUGUAGAGACUCACACAAUCGUUAUAUCGAAAAAUCGAUAUAGGGAGAGGGAUUGCAAAUGUAGUGCAAAAGCGUCUGUGCCCCCUGUGCCAAUUCUAAGUGCUGAAGUACCAGAAUUUUUCCCCAAGGGACCACGCCUGGAGGCGCAAUAUGAGUCUGUUCCACUCCAGUAUUUUCCAUCCAUACCGGAGAGAAUUUACAAUCGAGCACCGUUGCCAAAUGUCAGCGCAAUAUUCCAAAAUCCUGCUAUUCCAUUACUGGCAACCCCUAUUAUGACGCCACUGAUCAGAUCACCACAAUGGCUACCAAGGAUAGCUCCACCUCUGCAAAUUCAAGUGCCCAUGUGCACACUGGCCCCGCAGACCUUCACCACCGUCCAAUCAAUCUGCCCUAUCAUUAAUCGUCCAAUUCAACUCCAUGAGAAGAUUAUACAACCCAAUCCAUUGAAUUCAUCACCAAUGCCAGUUUAUCAGCGACCUUUAGAGUACUUUCCGGAGAGCAGGAGGAAGAGUCAGAGGGUUGAUUUUAAGAAUUUGAUACUCCUGACAAAGAGUGGAAUGAAGGCCAGACGCAAUCAAUCAAAUCACUCCAACUCUUGUAAUCCAUCAUUGGAGCCGGGUAGAAAUAAUUUGGCAACUGAUAAUCCCCUGCAGUUUGCCGACAGGCGGAUUUAUCCGAACCAACCGAAACACUUCAUUACUUCAACUUCUGCGACACCAGAUUUGCAAAAUUCCGAGUGUCUGUUAGAUGUCAUAAAUGUUUGCGAAUCUAACUCCCUGGAGGUAGAUAAUGACGAUUAA